ACCUUCUAUUACGUUAAUGUCAUAUGAUCAGUUUGUGAAUUCGUAUUGAAUUUAAGGGAGUGUCUUAAUUUUAUAGUGAUCAGCUAGAAUAAAAAUGUUUAAAUUAUUUUUAUGUUUUGUAACUGCAUUAGCAGUAGUCAAUGCAAGUGGAGAUUUUGUAGUUUUACAUAGCCCAAAUAGUGUUUUAUUCAAUGGAAAUGAAGAAGUGGAACAAAGCUUACUUAAAGAAGUAUUAGCUGCUGCAUUAGGUUUCACUGUCAAACUGAGAGGGGUAUGGAGUGGUAUUUCUAUUACUGAUCCAUUUAGACUUCCAGAAGCUGUUGUUGCAGUAGCAAUAGAAGGAGUGGACUCUUUAAACAUAUCGAAAGGAAAAAGAUUUCCUUUAAAUGUUAAUGAAGUUGAAGAAACUACAUGGCAAGCUCUUAGAGAACGUCUUGAAGAAAGGGAUAAUGAUAAUACUUUAGUGAGGAUAUCUUUAGGCGAUGGUCUGGAUGCUCUAGGACAAUCUGCUCUUGGAGAAUUGAAACCUACCCCAAUUGAUGAGACAUCUUUACAAGCUUUAAGUUUAAGAAAGGAAGAAGAUAAAAAAUUCCUUGAAGAAGUACAAUUACUCCAUGCUAUUGCUAAAAAAGCACCUUCAGCAAUCAAACCAGAUUCAAAGUCUGAUAUUUACUGGCUUGUUAUAUCUGGUUUGCGUCCUAUAUUUGAUGCUUAUGGUAGUAAUUCAACUACUUCCAGGGAAGCUUUAUCAUUGCUAAAUAAUGCUUUAAAUGUCAUUCAUGAUGCAUUUAUUCAAGCUUAUGAUGGUCAGGUAUUGAUUGUGGCUUUCACAAAUAAUGCAAGUAAGGUACAUCAUAUCCGUUCAGUAACUCUAGAAAGGCAAAAACGGGAAACUACAGAUACGCAAGAUGAUCAACACGGUGAAAACAAAAAGAUAGAAGAUGAAGAGGAUUCAAAUACAAGUAGAAAUGACACUAGUAUAUAUCACAGUGACAUGAACAGUUCUACUGCAAGUAGUGAUAUUCAUGGUGAUAGUGGAAUCAGUGAAAAUCAGGAUUUGAAUAAUACGGAGCAUAAAAUAUAUUCCAACAUACAAAGUAUAGGACAGGAACGUCUCCACCUUUCAAAAUAUUACUCAGAAAAUUAUCCUGUCAUCUUUAAUAUUUUCUUAUGGUUUGGAGUUGCUUUUGUCUUUUCACUUCUUGCUAUUUGCAUUACAAUUUCACAAAUGGAUCCAGGACGAGAUUCUAUAAUAUACAGGAUGACUUCUAAUCGUAUGAAAAAGGACAAUUAA